GCAUUGGCCGAUUUGAUGGUAGCGGUUCUCGUUAUGCCUUUAGCCGCUGUUCACGAGGUCAGCGAUCGUUGGCUGCUAGGAGCGACAGUUUGCGACUUGUUCGUGUAUAUGGACGUGCUCUGCUGCACGUCGUCAAUUUUGCAUCUAGUGGCUAUCAGUCUAGACAGAUACUGGGCGGUGAAAUGUCUGGACUACGUGCGUAACAGACCUGUCAAGAGAAUCAUGUGGCUGGUUGCUAUCAGUUGGAUUUUUUCGGCUGUCAUCUCCAGUCCAAGGUUGUUUGGCUUGAAGGAUGAUGACAACGCGCACUACGCUGCUCUAUGCGCUAUCAGUCAGAACAUUGGCUACACUGUCUUUUCAACGGUGGGUGCCUUCUACCUGCCACUCGUCGUCAUGAUCAUCAUCUAUCUCAGCAUCUACAGGGCUGCCAAGAGCAGAAUACGCAAGAAGGCUUUCUCCGAUAAAAAUAAACAUAAGUACGACAGACCCGAAGAGAAUUGCGGCAAAAAGAUUUUUACUGAAAAGUAUUUCAAGGCGAAUAGUUUGUCAAAAUUUGAGAAUAGAAACCCAUACGAAGGUGGGAGCGAGGACGAUUCCUCGUUCGUUUUCUUAACACAACACUCGCCAAAACCAAGGAAGACAGCCGAAGAGAGAGCAAAAGAAAAAAGAGAGACAAAGAGAGAGAGAAAGGCGGCUCGAACCCUUGCCAUCAUAACAAGUUCCUUCGUCAUAUGCUGGCUGCCCUUUUUCACUAUUGCACUCCUCAAACCAUUCUCGACCCAAGUUCGUUCGACACCACCUCUCAUCAUCAGUCUGGCCAGCUGGCUUGGUUACUUGAAUUCACUUUUAAACCCCAUCAUAUACACGGUCUUCAAUCCGGAUUUCAGGUUUUAUGAUGAAAAUUCAAGUAUAUUUGGACAAUUUAAAAAAAAAUUGUCAAAUAAUGAUUUUUGCAUUUUUUCCAUAUAAAUAUUCUGAUAAAUUUUUAAUUAUGAAAACUGUUAGUAGUGACUGAUUGUUGUGACCAAUGAAGAAAACACUAAAAACAAUUUUACUAUUUUCAUGUCUGAACAGACUUCAUUAUUUUUGCAUAAUCAUUUCUUGUUGAACCUACUUUGACAACUAUUUCUAAAUGUAGAUACGAGGUGUAUAUAAUAAGAUAAUAAGACAAUAAA